ACACGACGCCCCCAUUGCUUGUCAUCUCGCGUUGCUCGAGCGGUGGUUCGAUGGCGAAGGAAGGAUCAUCUUCGUCGCCGGUCAAGCCCGUCGUCGUGGCGCUGGACCGGCACGUGUCGUCGCUGGAGCUCCCCGCAUCCACCCUUCGCAUCGUAUACCUCAACAAGCCCGACAAGAACAAAGUGUUUCCCGGGAACCAAGUCAUCACGGCGAAAUACAACAUUUGGACGUUCGUGCCUGCGUUCUGCUACGAGCGAUUCACCCAGGUCUCCAACUUUUACUUUUUGCUUGUCGGGGUCGGCCAAGUCAUCCCAGCCAUCACGUCCACGUUUGGGCUGCCGUACUCGUGGCUAGUUCUUGGCGUCGUGCUGUUUGUGGACGCCAUAUUCACUGGUGUGGAAGACUACCAUCGCCACGUGGCCGAUGCCGUCAUGAACGCUCGAGAAGCGCGAGUGUUCGACUCGACCGUGCCAACACGUUUUCGCACGACGGCGUGGAAGGACAUUGUAGUGGGCGACGUGCUCCAGAUCAAAAAGUACGAGGCCGUGCCGGCCGACAUCUUGCUGCUGGCAGUGCACGAAGCGGACCCGUCGGCUCCCGUCGGCAUGUGCUUUAUCGAAACCAAAUCGCUCGACGGCGAAACCAACUUAAAGAUCCGCCAGGCGCUGCCGUGUACGUUUGCCCAACUCCAGGACCCCGCUGCGAUCGGCCACCUGCCCGGCCGCGUCGCAUGCGAGCACCCCAACCACGACGUGAACAAUUUCAUGGGGCGCUUCGAGUCGGCGGACGCAGCGACGAUGAUCCCCAUCGACUUGAAAAACGUCGUCCUUCGGGGAUGCGUCAUCCGAAACACGCCGUUCGUGUACGGGCUCGUCCUCAACACAGGAUCGGACACCAAGAUCAUGCAAGCAUCACACAAGACACCGACCAAGCUGAGCAAAGCGAUCGAAAUCAUCAAUCGCGGGAACGUGAUUCUCCUCGUGAUCAUGGUCUUGCUUUGUGUCGUCGGCGCGGUAUGGGACCACGUGGCGGUUGGGUGGACGCCGUCGCCGACGUACCUCGCCCUGAACGACGCGAGCAUUCGCGACGGGUUGAAUGCGUUUCGUGGCGAUGCCAUGGGCAUUUGCAUUGCGUUUGGGUACUACUGGGUCCUCAUCUCGUCCUUUGUCCCGAUCACGCUGUACGUGUCGAUCGCAAUCGUCAAGAGCUACCAGGCGUACUUCAUGAAUCGCGAUCUCGGCAUGUACUAUGCGCCGUCCGACACCCCCGCUGCCGUCCGCAAUGCCGACCUGAACGACGAGCUCGGGCAAAUCACGCACAUCUUUAGCGACAAGACUGGAACGCUGACCGCGAACGAGAUGAACUUUCGCAAAAUGAGCAUCAACGGCCGCAGCUAUGGCCGCGGAUGCACCGACAUUGGCCGCGCGACCGCCGUCCGCACGGGCCGAAUGGAAUCUGUCACGGACUUGGCCACGACGUUGUCGGUCCCCGCGACGCCCCAUCCCCCCCACGUCGAGUUUUUCGAUCCCCACGGCGACUUUGCCAAAGAUCGCGGGUCGCAGGACCAAAGCCACACGGCCGCCAUCGACGCGUUCUUGACGCACUUGAGCGUAUGUCAUUCCGUCGUCCUCGAGCGCGACGACUCGACCAACACGACCAACUUUUCGGCCAGUUCGCCCGACGAGCUCGCGCUGGUCGCGGGCGCGGCUUUCUUUGGGUAUACCUUUUGCGAACGGGCCAACGGGCGGGCAGUCGUAAACGUUGUCGAGAAGGGGCCCGUCGAGUUUCAAAUGCUCGAGUUGAUUGAGUUUACGUCGACGCGCAAGCGCAUGUCGGUUGUUGUGCGGUCCCCGGACGGCCGGAUUUUGGUGCUGACAAAGGGCGCGGAUUCGAUUGUGUUUCCACGGCUUCGCGACAAAGGCGACACGUACUUGAAGACGAAAACUGUUCAACACAUGGAGCUGUACGCCGAGGAAGGACUCCGAACGCUCGUGCUGGCGCAGCGGGAAAUUAGCCCGGACUGGUACCUGGACUGGUCGGCGCAAUACAGGCAGGCGCUGUCCAACUUGGACGAGUCGGCGCCGACGUACAAGUCGGACUUGAUGGUCGUCGAACGGCUCGAAGACGAGAUGGAGUGCGAGUUGGAGUUGCUCGGGGCGACGGCAGUCGAAGACCGCCUCCAGACGGGGGUUCCACUCGCGAUCUCGAGCGUGAUGCAGGCUGGCAUUAAAGUGUGGGUCCUGACGGGUGACAAGGAAGAGACUGCGAUCAACAUCGCGUUUGCGUGCCAGCUCAUCACGAACGACAUGGAUCGGCUCGUGCUCAACAUGGAUCUGUGCAAGAGCAACCCGGAAACGCUCAAGUCGCUCAUGCUGGACAAGGCCCAUCGCACGCGGACGUCCUUGUUCAAGCAGCGCAACUCGAAAUCGAUGGAUGCGUUGCCGAGCCAGGCGCUCGUGAUCGACGGCCCCGUACUCACCAUGGUGUACCAUUACCCGUUGCUCAAGUUUCUCUUCCUCGAGCUCGCGCAGCAAUGCGCCGCGGUCAUUUGCUGCCGCGUGUCGCCCAAGCAGAAAGCCGAGAUUGUCGCGCUGGUCAAGAACAACGUGAAGAACUGCCGCACGCUGAGCAUUGGCGACGGCGCGAACGACGUGAGCAUGAUCCAGGAAGCGCACGUCGGGGUUGGGAUCUCGGGCCACGAGGGCAUGCAAGCCGUAAACGCAUCCGACUUCGCCAUCGCCCAGUUUGCGUUUCUCCAGCGCCUGCUUCUCGUCCAUGGCCACUGGAACUACCGCCGCAUGUCCAAGCUCGUUCUGUACGUUGUGUACAAGAACAUCCUCUGUUGGUUCGCGCUCUACGUGCUCAGCUUGUCCGCGUGUGGCAGCGGCACGGUCUUCAUGAACUACAACUGGUUGAACGGGUACAACGUCUUCUGGACGUUCUUGCCCAUCAUGAUCGUGGCCAUCAUGGAGCAAGAAACGAGCGCGAAGGUCGCGCAGGACCACCCCGGGCUGUACCACAUCGGACCACAAGGCGACUUGCUCAGCGUCAAGAUCAUGGCCGAGUGGGUCUUUGAAGCACUCUACGAAGGGGUUGUAUGCGCGCUCGUUCCUGUGUACUUGCUGGGCCCGAUCUCGUCGACGGGAUAUGCCUUCACCAUGUACGACUGCGGCGGGCUGUGCUACACGGCGCUCAUUGUGGUCGGAUGGACAAAGCUCGCACUGAAUGCAAUGAGCUGGAACGGUGGCAUGCACUUUGCCAUGUGGGUGACUGUGCCGUUUUGGUUUUUCAGCGCGAUUAUCCUGAGCAACUCGUUCCCGAGCGACAGCUCGGACCACGUUUUUCCGCACUUGUUUACGCUCCCCGAGUUUUGGAUGCUCCUGUUCCUGUGCGUGGUUCUCGCGCUCGUCCGCGACUUUGUCUACAAGGCGUGGAAGCGCGAGUGGCGGCCCGAAUACUACCACAUCCUCCAAGAGUCGGAGCGGUACAAGCUCACGACAAACACGGAGUGGAGCCCACCGCUGCACCCUCGCAACUACAAGCCGUUCCGAGUCGACUUCAGCCAUUACUUGACGUCCGAACUGCACGCGCUUCCUGAUGCGCCGUGGCUCGAGCUGCAGCAGCCCAAGCACCGCGGGUUUGCGUUUUCGAUACAACCGAGUGAAAACCGCCACUUCAACCCGAUGCGUGGGGUCGUGCUGGCGCCGCUCAAGCGGGCUGUCGUCCGUGUGCUCAGUCCUCGAGCCGCGUCCAAGGAAGAGAUCGCGUUCUGGGACGCGCGCAAGAAGGACGGCCAUGUGUAUGAGUACCAGCGGUACCAAGUGUUUGUGGGGUGGAGUGCGCCGUUCGGGUUGACGGACCCGUGCCCGUUUGCUACACGCGACAUGCGGGAAGGCGGGUUCCAGAACCAUGGCCACCAUCUCUCUCUGGACGAAUGGGCAGUCGAUACAACGCUGGGAGAGGCCGACACAAAGCACUGGGAGUACGCGACCAAGUUUAGCGACUUUAGAAAGGUCGACGUGGCAUCGACUCGGUGGAAGAAACCCACGGGGAUGCAUCGCAGGCUCAACAAGAUGGUCGGGCGGUGCGUGCGGCGGCGGCGAUGGGUGUUCAAAGGCCAAGUCGAUCCCAACCAACACGUCGACGCCGCCACGAUCGAUCAAGAACAGAACGAUGUGAUCGGGCAAGUACAAAACGACCUGAACAACGACAAAGAGGUCAGCAAGGUCGAGCAGGACGUCGCUGGAAGCGUCCAGGACGUAGUAGAGGCCGAGGAUGCAGACAACGUACCGCAACCCGCCGGCGCCGACGAAAGGCAUGCCCCGUGAGGGGUUCCUCCAGUCUCCACGACUAAUUAGAUAGGAUCAAGUUGAAUAGUAUAUUUCACUUUCAUGUCUUGCUUGUA